UUCCGAUUCAUCAUGGCGGUAAGUGUGGAAUUGUUGUUUUUAAAAUAAAUUUUAUAAUCUUUAAAUAUCAAAGACAUCAAAUAUUAAUUAAUUAUUUUUUAUAUAUUAUAAAAAAAUUACUAUUAUUUAUUUACUAUUAAUUAAUGUCUUUUUCAUUAAUAUAUUAGAAUUAUAAUUUAAUAUAUGACAAUUGGUUAAGUUUUGUGAUCAGCAUGUAUAACAAAUAUAACCUAAAUUUAUUUGAUGAUGUUUAUAAUUGUAUAGCUGUAAAUUAAUUGUUUAUAUGUAAUAGUUUAAGAAAAUAAUAUGAGAAGUUAAAUUAAUUUAUUACUAGAAUAAAAUAUUUUGAAUAUUUUUUUAUUUUUAUAUAUAAUAAUAGGAAUGUAUAAUUUUGUUGAAAUCGUAUUCGUAAAGUAAUUUUUUUACAGGAUUCAAAGAAAUCUUCAGAAAAAAAAGUUGAAAAAAGAAUCGAGAAAAAAGUGCGAAAAGAGCCUAAAGAUGCAUCAAAGAAUAUUAUGCGUGAAGUACGCAUUCGUAAACUUUGUUUGAAUAUUUGUGUAGGUGAAUCUGGUGAUAGACUAACCCGUGCUGCAAAGGUAUUAGAACAAUUAACUGGACAACAACCUGUAUUUUCUAAAGCAAGAUACACUGUUCGGUCUUUUGGAAUUCGCCGCAAUGAAAAAAUUGCAGUACAUUGCACAGUACGAGGUGCUAAAGCAGAAGAAAUUCUUGAACGUGGAUUAAAAGUACGAGAAUAUGAAUUACGAAAAGAGAACUUUUCUGGUACCGGAAACUUUGGUUUUGGUAUUCAAGAACAUAUUGACUUAGGAAUUAAGUAUGAUCCCAGCAUUGGUAUUUAUGGUUUGGACUUCUAUGUUGUUCUCGGACGACCAGGUUUUAAUGUAGCUCACAGAAGAAGAAAAACUGGAAAAGUUGGUUUUCAACAUAGACUUACCAAAGAAGAUGCAAUGAAGUGGUUUCAACAGAAAUAUGAUGGUAUUAUUAUAGCUGGAAAGAAAUAAUUACAUAAUUUGUAUUUUACAUUUCUUUCAUAAAACUUCUAAAAAUAAAAUACCUGUUUAAAAAAUUUUUAUUAGUAUUUCUGUCACAUUAUUAUUAUUCCAUAUACUAUAUAAGAAAUAUAUUUAUUAUUAUGAUGAUAUUAAUAUUUAAUAUUAAUAUUAAUUUAAUUUUAUUUCAUCAUUUUAUAACAAUAUUAAAAUUUAAAUUAUAUAUAAUUUUUCAAAGUUGAUUUUUUGUGAAAUAUUUUGAAGAUGUAUCUUCGAUAAUAAUAUUUAUGAUAAAGCAAAUCAUAUAUAUAUUUACUAUAGAAUUUUAACAGAUUUUAUUAAUAACCAUUAUAUUAUAUAUACUAUAAUAUAUAUACUAUAUUAAAAUACAUAAAUAAAUCAUGCAUAAGAAAAUAA